GCCUCGUCAAGUUCGAAGCUGUUGAUCAUCUACAAACGGCGUCGCGAUUGGUCAUCGUAGCUGACCUCAAUGAGGCUGCCAACACCACCAACCUUGGCAUCUACGCAUUGAACCCAUCAUGUCUUCAGAAGGCGGUCCGCCGCUUUCGCUACGGCCGUUCCCCGUCGCCGACCAAAAGCCCAAGAAUCUCGCCGAAUUCAUUGCUCGAGUCAAUGCCCAGCCUGGCGGCUUCCGCAGCAUAACAGAGGACAAGCUCCGUGAAGAACUCAGAAACAGCGAGGACCCCGAGGCAGCCACCGACCAGGAUGAAGAAAUGUCCGAGGCGGCUGGGGAGGCCGACAUAGCAGAAAAGGACCCCAAUGUUGCGCGGAUGGAAGUCUUGAAGAAUAUCGAUAUAGCCGGCAACGCUGCUCUAUUGACACUCGACUCCAUGUCCCUCCUCCUCUCCAAACAGAAUCCGACGCAAGCAGGCUUGACGCUAUCACAACAGCUCCGCGACAUGGUCGGCAUUGGCACUCUCGGCGCAGAUAAGCUCAAUGAUUCAAACGCCACGCCUACAAAAACAAAAGAUCAGGAGGCGACCGCCAUGGGAUGGACCCUUAUGGAAAUCAACAAGACCAGAGAUUCUGCAGAAGAGGCCGCUUCAUUUUUAGAAAAGGAGAUCAACUCUGAGAGUAAAUACUGGGAAGAUAUCGUCGGAGUCAAGAAAGCCGGCUGGUCUAUAAGCAGAGUUCCACAGGAGAGACAUACUUUGGGAGUCAGAUUUGGCUUUUCAGAAGCUGCUGCCGAGUUUAAAAACAAUGGUCUAGCGCCCAUGUGGCGUGGCCAUGAUGGCUCUGCAGAUCUCGACUUUGGACGAUUGGGCGGCGUCUCAGAAGCUCUCGUCGUGACGUAUGAAAAGGACGGAAAGGUCAUUGGCCGAUCUACUACACGGCCGUCCUCUGAUGACGAAUCACUAGAGGCUCGAGUACUAGAAGCACGCAACACAAUCUUCUCGCAGGAGCUGUGGCACGAGCUCACCAAAGAAUCCCGCUCACUGGCUGCCUACGACGUAAAGCCUGAAGGCAGGAAACUGGCCUGCCAAAUCGACGAAAGAACAAAAAUCACAUUGGAACUGCUGCCUUUGGAAUCAUGCCCCUCGCCUGAACAAGACAUGCCAGAAAAUGGCCUAGCAGAAAAGAUAUCCAUGGCUCUGCAUAUUCUCCUUAGCUACGCGCAUCGAUAUAAUGAGCUCAUGAGAAUACGGCCCAUCCCCCCUCACAUCUCCCGCUCCUCUCGCCAACAAUCCUACGCCCUCCUCCGCCCUGUCCUCGCGCGCACAAUGUACCUCAAGAACGUUGAGGAAUCCAUGCAAUACAUUGGCUUAUUAGUACGAACCCUCCAGAAAGCCGGUAUUCAAUCUUCAUUCAUCCUACGCACCACGCAGACGAACGCUUCCGACCCCAACUCUCGCGGGCCAAACCAGCUAUCCACAUCGCACACCUUGGUCCGCAAUCUCCUGCAAACACAAGACUUCACCAUCGAGCUCACCAUACUCCCCGACAUCUCCCUCACCAUCCGAGGCCGUUCAUUCAGCUUUCCCGUUACGGCAACCUACUACUACAUCCUUCUGCCCCCCUCAUCUCCUCUCCCCGCCAUGUGUCCCCCCUGGUCAGAAGGCUAUCCCAGCGUCCAAGCCCUAGGCGACUACCUCCGCACCGCCAUCGUCUGCAUCCUCACAAAUCACUUUGUCAAGAUGCUCUCCUCCCCUUCUUCAACAAGCGGCGAUGGCUCCGCUCUCGUGGAAAGUGCCCAGGGAGCCGAUAAGAAGAACUUCGAUAUACAUUUUGCCCUAGAGCUUGGAGAUGAUGUUGAAGAAUUGACCCUCUCUGUCAAUAAUGCCGCCCAGAGCGAGGAAGAAACCAAGAUAUGGAAAUGGUCCGUAAAUGGACCCAGCGAAACGACUUCGGCGGAGCAGGUUGUGAAGACGCUCAUCGAAGAACAGGCUCCAAUUUAGAGACUUAGGAACGAGAAGUAAAUAAGGGUGAAGUAAAGACAGAGACACACAGAUGGAGAUAAUGGAGAUGCUUAAUCAUUCGCGAUUUGCAAACAGCGCUUGGCACUCAGAUAGUGUUUUGUAGGCAUCAUAUAAACAGGC